UAAACAACCAUUAAUUGAUUAUCCACGAAAGUCUUUGUCCGAAGACUUGUUGAGUGAAAGACCCAGCUUCUUCCAUGAAACCGCAAAAACCCUUAUCCCUCCAAUUCCAGUCGAACGCGUUUCUGAACAAUGAAUCUGGUGUUAAGAAGUCUCAAACUCUCAAACAAUAACAUAUUUUGUCUUUCUCUUUUAUGUUGAAUACCUUUUUCUUCUGAUCCGUAUGGAUCACGUUUUCCUAGCAACAGCCUACGGAUUACUCUUCUUCUUCUCUCUAACCGGGAUCAUUACUUUCUGGGUGUUCCGGUGUCGAAAACCCAAGAUAACCCAACUCGUAUCCACAACAACCCAGCUACCUUCCAUCACCACCGUCGAUCAGAGCGCUUCCUUCGACCCCAACCUCAAAUUCUCCAUGACUAAGCUGAGGGCGGCUACCAAAAACUUCUCCCCAGAGUUUGUCAUCGGCGGUGGCAGCUUCGGAACCGUCUACAAGGCCCAGCUCUCCAACGGCGUCACCGUGGCCAUCAAGAGACUCAACCCAGACGCUUUCAAAGGCUUUAGGGAGUUUUGGGCGGAGAUGGUGACACUGGGGAUGCUCCAUCACCCAAAUAUCGCUAAGAUUUUCGGCUAUUGCAUUAGCGGCUCCGAUAGGCUCCUCAUAUACGAGUUUUUUCAGAAUGGCAGUUUGGACCGUUGGUUGCACUUGGAGCAGGAGCAGGACGUGGACACGUUAACGUUAUCUUGGGGCACCCGGAUUCAAAUUGUCAAGGGUGUGGCUAAUGGCCUCUUUUUUUUGCAUAGUUUGGACAAGCCCAUUGCUCAUCAGGAUAUUAAGUCCCGCAAUGUGUUCUUGGACUCCGAUUUUCAAGCCCAUAUUUGUGAUUUCGGCCAUGCAAGGAGGAUCGACACUUCCACUUCUUAUGCGUCCACACAAUCUGCGGGGACAGUGGGUUACUGUUACAUGCCCCCUGAGUACAAGGCAGGCCUUACUACAGCUACACUCGAGGCUGAUGUUUACAGUUUUGGGAUCUUGAUGUUCGAGAUUGCUACUGGAAAGCGUCCCAAUUUGCCUACACUUUUGGACGGGGAAGAGGUUGGGAUAGUUGAAUGGGCUAGGAAAAUGCUGGCCCAAGAUAAGCAUAUGCAAAUGGUGGAUGCUAGUAUUUUGACGGAGGGUGGCCUAAUAGAGGCCCAUGUGAAAGAGUAUUUUGAAAUUGCAGAAAUGUGGGCGAUUUUGGCCCAUUAG